AUGAGGCUGGCGUUUGCCUGGAUUCUUCUCUCUCUCCUGGCAGGGCAUGGCCAGGCGGACACCCGUGCCAUCGGCGCUGAGGAAUGUCCCCGCCACUCACAGCCCUGGCAAGCCGGCCUCUUCCACCUCACCCGGCUCUUCUGCGGGGCCACCCUCAUCAGGGAGCGAUGGGUGCUGACAGCUGCCCACUGUCGUAAGCCGUUCCUGUGGGUCCGCCUCGGGGAGCACCACCUGUGGAAGUGGGAGGGCUCCGAGCAGCUCUUCAGAGCCACCGAGUUCUUCCCACAUCCCGGGUUCAACAGCGACCUCAGAGCCAACGACCACAACAAUGACAUCAUGCUGAUCCGCCUGCCCCGGCCAGCACGGCUGGGCCCUGCCGUGCAGCCCCUGAAUGUCAGCGAGACCUGCGUGGACCCUGGCGCCCAGUGCCUCAUCUCAGGCUGGGGCGCCGUGUCCAGCCCCAAGGUGCAGUACCCGCUCACGCUGCAGUGUGCCAACAUCAGCAUCCUGAACACCAUGCUGUGCCACUGGGCGUAUCCAGGCCACAUCUCCGAGAGCAUGCUCUGCGCCGGCUUGUGGGAGGGGGGCCGAGGCUCCUGCCAGGGUGACUCUGGGGGCCCCCUGGUGUGUAAUGGGACCCUGGCAGGUGUGGUGUCCGGGGGCUCAGAGCCCUGCUCCAGACCGCGGCGCCCCGCUGUCUACACCAGCGUGUGCCACUUCAGGGACUGGAUUCAGAAAACCAUAGAGGAAAACCAGUGA